GCCGGCGUCCGUCAGAGCGGCGUCGUGACGCGAACGGUCGCGUCCGUCCGUUAGUCCAGCCGCGUUACACGAACCGGUACAUUCGUUCGUCGUUCGUUCGUCGUUCGUUCGCUAUAGUCCGCCCGCUGUACGUUCACCCUGGUGUUUACAUUGCCGAGACGAUACCCCAGCGCGACGUCCUCUGGAGCGCGAGCCCGAGGGACGACGCGGGAAACGAGCGCCCCGACGGCGUAACAGAUCCCUGUUUUUCGUCAACUUGCAGUAAGAGCAGUCCACAGUAUCCAGCAACGUAAAGGCGCCGAGCAAUCGCGGACCCAUCGAUUUAGCUGUGCCCUCGAGAUGCGGUGAUGGCUCUGCUCUACAGAUUCGCGCAGCUGCCUGACAGCAGUGGCACGCGGGUCUUCUCUUUCGUCGUCACCAGGAGCGUGGUACGCGAUCCCGAAAGAGACGUCACUAGCAAGGAACUCGUCUGCGGCUUCCAACGAUGGUCCGUCGCGUUCUCGCGUGGAAACAAGGUUCUGGGCGCGUACCUGGUAUGGCGAGGUGCAUCGAGAAAUCUGCGGGUCUAUGUGGACUUCACGUUCACCUUGCUCAACAGAGAGCACUUUUCGAUGAACGAGGGCUUCUCGGGUAAGCGUGUCAAGUUCACCUACGAGGCCCCAGCCCAAGGCAACCGAAACUACAUCCCCGUAUCGGAUCUGUACAACCGCAACUUCGCAGACACGAACGGCGAGUUCCAGCUGGAACUGACGAUGUCGAACGUGAGAACCGUCUACAUGACAGACCUUAAGAUGCCCAGCAGCACGUUUCCCACUGGACAAUCGAAGCCCAAUAAGCUGGAGACCGAUUGCUUCGCUUUCGGGGGGUUCGAUUGGAACCUGGUCAUUUAUCCCCAUGGGAACAAGGAGCCUGAGGGUUACCGCGGCCACGACAGCGGCGUGAGCGUCUAUCUGAUGAGACUGAGGGGCUUCGACCACCGCUGCAGAGUCCGGUACAGCGUCACCCUUGGCGAGGGUGAUCGUAGGAUCGACUCUGGCCAGAUAGAGGAUCUUUCAGACGAGGAAGGACGCGGUUUCGGCUGGCAUCCCCGCGUCAGGUGGUCGGAAGUCUCGCACAAAGGAGCUGUGCGAGUGUCGCUAGAGAUGGUCGAGGCUAGGACCAUCUGCGAGGUGGCGGUUCAAGCACGAGGACCUGCCGUGCUCCCUGCCAUUCCUUGCUACGAUCGGGACAAGCAGGCCUGGACCAUUCGCGCCGAUCUGCACUCGGACACCGUCAGGCUGCACUUGGUGUACAAGGAUAUCCACAACGUUCCUCGGAAUCACUUGAGGUACGUGAGCUGGUCGGCCUACCUGCUCAGGGAGGAGGAGCCCAGCACCGUGGCGACCAGCCUCCCAGGAGCCCCGUUCAGUCGUUACUACGCUCAAGAGUCUACGGACGAAGGAAUCAUCAUGGAAACAAACCUGGACACGAACGAGGUGAAGGAAAACCACUGUCCCUACCUCACGGACAAGGGUCAGCUGAGGAUUCGCCUAGAGUGGAACGAGAGCCACCUACUGUUCCAGGCGACCUACCACAAGUACGACGACGUCUGUCGCAUACACAAUCAGCAAAUGAGACGCGAGAUAGCCUCGCUCCAGGGGGAGAAUUACAGUCUAGAGAGGCAGUUGUUCAGCUACCAGAAGAGCCUGGCGUACGCUGAAGCGCAACAGCAACAGCAACAGCAGAACCAACAGCAUCACGGUGGCCAUCAGGCGCAUCUCGAGAGAUCCGCGUCCACGGACACCGAAUACGCCUGACAAGUGGAACAAAUGAACGAGCUGCCAGCCGCCGGUUGCAGACGACAAUUGCCGAUCGUGCAAGAGAACGAUCGUCGCGUCCACCAGAAUCUGGUCAGGAUGAUGGACCGACGGCUGAGCAACGUCCAGCUCCAGCAACACCUCUACGAGGAGGCGCAACAGUGCCAGCAAAGGUACAGCGACGGUUCCCCGCGGCAGAGCGUCGAUCAGAACCAGGAGCACCGACGCAGCAUCUUCCAGCAACCGAAGUCGGCCCGGUCCAGCGUGGGCAGAUCGGACAGCGCCUCGGAACGUGGAAACGACCAUUACGCCGGCUAUUAUUUGGGGUACGUCGGUCAGGCAGCGCACAAAAGACGUAGGACCACUUUCUGGGAGACCCUGACGGGUCUCGUGUGCUCAUUGGGCGCUUUGGCUUCCAGGGCUGCCAAGAUGGCCACCAGACGGGGAGAGCCUCUUUGAAGGAGCGCGCUCGCGGACCAGUGGACUGGUACGAUACGGGAUUCGAACUGGGUACCCGGAUAACAGUGACGUAUUUGUGAUGUGGAGAGUUUAGAAUGUUGGACGGUUACGGUGGAGAAGAAACGUCGACGGAGAAGCAACGCGCGACUCGUUUGUGUUCUCGUGGACCGGAGACUCGACGAUGACGUUUGUCGUCGACGUACGCCGUGCACGUCGAGGAUAACCAAGGUCGAAAGUGCCAGCACGCGGCUACGUUGACGGUAGAGCAUUGAGAGCGAGGAUUGGGACGCGGACUCGUCCGUGAAUUCUAUCGAAGAGAAGAUGCGCAAAAGGGUUUCUUUCCUUCCGCGCUGUACAAGCUCGUAAUUGGCGACCGGAUGGACAACGGGACAGCAAGACGACGCGAGACGAGGACGAUGGAUCGCUCAGUCUGGGAAGGUUUCGCGGGGAUGGUCGAUUGAUCACAUUCGUCCAUGCUACUUUUUUUCUUUUGCUGAUGGAGUCCGAUAAACAGAGACCAAGGACGGAUACGUAUCUCGUCCGGUAGAGGGCACUCGACGAUGAAACAGCUCCGAAGGAUGAAGCUUCGAAUGGAACGGCCCGUCCGGGGCUGUUCGUUCUCGAGUACCACGGACGGAGAAACCAACAAGGCUUCGACGUUUAAUAAUAAUCGACUCGGGAACCGGUCGAACCUGCAACACACGAAACAUACAGACACACAGACACACGGAUACACGGUAGGAACCAAGAGGGAAUCGACGGGGGAAAUAUACUCGUAUGGCCCCGUCCCGUCCGUCGAUUAGAUUCUACACACGAUUCUAUCUACUUGUCAAUUUACUAAAAAAAAAAAAGAAAAAAAAAAGAAAAUGGAUGAAAAACAAACAAACAAAACCUAUUUUCCUCUAAAGACUUUUUUCACCUAUCGUCUGCGACUUCUUUGAUAAUAAAGGAUCCGUGCGGCGUAGUCGCCACCAACUCGUAACAACGUAAUAAUCGUAGCACGUACACACCUUAAAACGAAUAUACAAAAAGAAACUACAAAAAAAAAAAAGAUUAUAAUAAUUAAAAAAGAAAAAAGAAAAAAAACAGAGUUUAGAGUGCAGUCGAUGUUACAUAAACGAAAGUAGGGGAACCGAGGCCGUUGUAUGCGCGCAAGCGUGGAUGUCCGGCACGACCAUUGCCUUCCAAGAUGGAAGCCAACAGACCAGGGUAAACAUAAUGCGAACGAUGCUGUCGUUCGAUUCGUUUCGCGCACGGGGUAUUCGUUAAUUUUGUUCGAUAAUUUCUAUUCUAUUAUAUAUAUAUAUUAUAAUUCCAGCAAAGAGAUUUAUGUAUUCCGGAUAGCUUAGAAAAUAUCGUUGAAGUGAAAAGCUCGCAGUGAUGGGCGAAACCCUAGGCUUCGAAUAAAUCUGAAGUUUGCCGAUAUGUUUGCUUCGUUUCCUUCUUUGGAAAAUAUUCAAGAGAGGAAACAAGACAAACAUAUCGGCGAACUUCAGAUUUAUUCGAAGCUUAGGGUUUUACCCAUCACUGAAAGCUCGUUAUAAAGAUAUUCGUGAAUCUUUUAUUUCCUUAUCAAACGUGUACGUAUCAUCUACACUUUUGAUGAAUUUAUAUGUUAAAAUUGAACCUUCCUGUAUGUUUACUUUCUUUUUAUUAAAAAGUAUUCUAUUACCUUCGAGAAAUAAUUAACGAAAAUCCCGGUGCGGAGCGAAGAGGCACGAACGACGUACCGCGUAUAACGCCUAGAUCGAAGAUGCAUCCAAUUUAUCGCUCGCCGAAAGUACACACUUAUUUUCCUAGAACUCCUUGGUCGCGUUCUAUACCGUGCAACAGCAGGGAUGGGCAAAAUUCUUAUCUAAAUAUAAAUUUCGAACAACGAAUACGAAAUGAACGGUUGAAUAAAGAUUAGAGAAUGGGAAGAAAAUUUAAAAAAUGAAAAAAUACUUUGCAAUGAAGAGAAUUUAACCGUUUCGUUUGUUGUCUUUUAUUCCGAAUAAAAUGUUGCCCAUCUCUCUGCGACUGUACGUGCUGGGUCGCGAACGAUAUUGCGCUCGAACCUUGGGGUCGCACGUUUGUCAUCUAAUUUCCUGCUCGUCCCGUCCCGUCGAGCAUUCCAGGAUCGACGUUUCGAUGUUAACUUUAGCGUCGCUAUCCGAUUACGAAACGGACAGUCCGUCGAUAUUCCUUUUUUCUCUCCAAUUCGCUCGUCCGACGGAAGCACACCAAUUAACACUUCAUUUCGUCGAAACGAAACAGGCAAACGAUAUAAACUGAGGGUUCCUGAACUCUACGAGCGCUUUCCUCGCCAUUUUCCGAUCCACGGAACUCUUCGACCCUGAAAAUUCAUAAUAAAAAUUUGUUCUAUAGAAUAAAAGGCUGUGCAGUGGAUAUUAUUCGUUGCCCAAUAUUCGUAUAAAUGUCUUUGUAAAAUUGUUACGCUAUUAGGAACCUUUCUAACCUUUAUGAGUUUUUAAAAGCACCCUAUUUGCCCAAUAUUCGUGUAAAUGUUUACCUUUGUAAGAUUUUUACGCUAUUAGGUAUCUUUCUAACCUUUAUGAGUUUUUAAAAGCACCCUAUUUGCCCAAUAUUCGUGUAAAUGUUUACCUUUGUAAGAUUUUUACGCCAUUAGGUAUCUUUUUAACCUUCACGAGUUUCUAAAAGCACCCCUAUUUCCCAUAAAUCUUUUAUCAACAAAAUAAUAAGCUACACAAAACCUCAAUUACUUCAAGAUGCCCUGGGAAUCCCUUGAGCUCCCCCCCCUCCCCCUCCCCCUCCCCUCCCCCCGCGCCAUUACUUCCCCUAAUAUUUAAUAUCAUCUAACUCCUAGCUCCCCUGUUGUUCCUAAUCUCUACGAAACUUGUUCUCUUGAAAUCUUCUUCGCCCCAAUCCUUCUUUCAGCAAACUGGUAAGUACCAUCUACUACUAAGCAGAAGAUACGCUACCCUUUCCGCCUUUUCCCAAAGAACUUCCCCGCCGUAAAGUUCAGGAAGCGCUGGUUCACGCCUUGUGUGCCAUCUCCCGUCUACCUGAAAACAAAAACUUCCUGCAGUCUCAUCAUCCUAAGUGACACGUACGCUCGAUCCAAUAUCUAUCGGCACCGUGGGUCACAUUCGAGCCCAUCGCUGCGUCCGGAUGUGCGUCAGCCAGAGAUGGGAAAAACUCUUGUUUACGUGAAACAACUCGAAUAACGAAUAAAACAAUAAACUUAUAAAUUAUCGUUUGUACAGUAAAAAUUAGAGUGCGAAUUAUAAAAUCUAUUUACGUUUCAGGUUCGAGUUUCUAAAAGUCUCGCCCAUCUCUGUCGUCCGGACACGACGCCAUUGGUGUUUCUUCUCUCCUCGCGUAUGUACGUUUAUUCAUCGCUAAAGCCUAUCGAAUAACGAAUGAGAAUCUGAUUCGAAUAUUCGUUCGAGAUAAAAUUUGCCCAACUCCGGCUGCGAGUGACACAGCACACCGAAACACGUGCCCGCGAGCGAUACGUGCACGUCAGGGCACCACGUCCGUCUCAUCGUUAGCUAACGAUCGAUAAGGCGCCGUCAGUCCACAUCGCGUACACGUUUAACAGACCACUAUGAAUCGUCGUGUGCAGCGCACGUGUGCCCGCAGGUAAUUCGGGCGCACCUGUGUACACGAAACCCGUCAGGUCUCGCAACAGACAGUUAAAAGCACGGACGCAAAGCCAGCGUCCACGAAGGGAAGUGUCUCGAAUAUCUCCCUUUCGUCAAUUAUUCCAUCAGCCACGAUGCUUGGAACGUAUUCCGAUUUCGUUCGACGAACUUUGCUUACUUAUCUGAUUAAUUUAGUACGACAGAUCGCUGUUUGUUUAAACUGUACUAGCCUCCGUGCUUUUAACUCGUUGGCUUGUCACGAUACGUCGCAUGAAAGUUGUAUCCCUCCUCUGUAAUAGCGGAAUCUGUAUACUUUGUAUAUAACUGUACUAAACUGUACUAAAUUGUUGAAGAUUUAUGAAAGAUGAUUACGAGAGUUGUGCCUAUAUACGUGCAAAGCAGAGAAGGAUUUUAUGAGAAUCGCGGGAUCGAGCUCCCUUUCGAGACUCCAGCAAUCGCGGCCAUUUUGUCCACGCUUCGAUCCUCUAGCUAACUCGCGACUAUAUACUUCGUCGUUUAUAAUUACAUUGAGGAAAAACGAAGUUUUCCGAGACUCGUUACGCAACGAAGUAUGUCUGAGUCACCUAAAUUAUUGAACAACUGUUCAAUGUGUACGGUGAUGUCACCUUUAAACGUUAUUUUUUAGACAUUUCGUAAAACAAAAAAAUUAUCUCCACCUCACGGUGGCUCUAACAGAGUUAACAAACGAGAAAAUUUCGUAACGAACCUCGUUAUUCGAAAUAGAAUUUGCCCAACUCUGUAAUUUGCAAUAUCUUUUAAACUUCGACAAUCGCAACAAUUUGUAUGCGUCUACCGGCAGCUGUCGCGAUAGCCGCUAUCUUCUUCGAUUCUAAUUUUUCUUGUGACUUCGUCCACGACUUCAAACUUAACGUUAAAGUUCCGCGCUUGUCAGGCAAAAUUCGUUAGCGACGGUGAAAUUCUAAUUGCGACAAAGGGAAUUAUAAUCCAGCACGUUCUCGCUAACGAUAUUCUAAACGUGGUUCAGUGGGUCAAAUUUGGGGUAAGCCUUGCCCCGAUAAGUGGUACGUGAGCAAACAUAACCUGUACAGCGCGAUAAAAAUGACAAAUAGCGGCUCUUCUAGAAUUACCUGCGAAGAGUCUCCGUUUCUGGGGAAAUUCUCGUUUCGAGUCAGCGAGGAUUUAUUCGGUUAUACGCGGUACCAUAGAAGACUCGCGCGAGAUCUUAUUUCCAUUUUAAUAUGGCGGCCUACCGCGCUUACAUCGCCACCGCGAUUACGUUUCUCCAUUUCCGGUGGAAUUUCCACUCCCUGUUGAGCAGGAUUGGACCGCGAUUAGCUAUUUUAUUUUGUUUGUGGUCACUGCGACUAUAAGAUUCCUCGAGUGGGGAAUCCCAAUAUUCGAAAGAGACCUCGAUCGCUCGAUUCCUGACGAUUGUUCCUACGCCUAUGGAGGCCAGGGAAUCCUUGGUAUUUACGCGUUUCCGUAAUGUAAGGUCACCUUGCCAGUAGUUGAUCACCGGUCGCGUUUUUUAGAAAUUCUCGUCGAAGGUCUAAUGUCACGUGUUAAUAGUCGAACGGAAGAAUUUCAAAGCUUCAAGAUUAGCUCGUCUACUAUAAACUUUUUCGAUUAAUAAAGUUCGGUGGUCAAACAUUGGUAUCGAAUAUCGUUCAUCCGCGAAGUAUACCUCCUAUGUCUGUGUAGUACCUCUAUGUCGCGACGAUAGCGGGGUACGGUACGUUCAAUGGAGCGAUAAAGCUGGAUGUAAACUAAGCUUGUCACGUGACUAACAUUGUAACGAAAGAUCACCUUGCCAGUAGUCGAUAACCGUUUGCUGAUCGUUUUCUAGAGGAGAAAUACACCUACAAGAGAUACUUCUACUCUAAACUAAUCACAAUUUCCAAGAAACAGUCCUGUACUCGUGCCUCGUGCAUCGAUAAUCGACAGUCUCGAUUUUCGAGGGUUACGCGGGGCACCAUCGUACAGCUGAAGGGCCCCACAAGCCGUCCUGAUGGUUCUUACCAUUGAAUAUAAUUUACUCCGUCAACUACUGGCUAGAUGAUCCUAACAACGCGGAGGAAACGAUAAAAUAAAGCAAGGGAGGAAGUGGUCUCUCUCGUAGCGAACGCACUUCCCGCGGUGUCCUCGAAUAAAAAUUUCUUAUCUUAUAUGCGGUCACGUAUACAGGACCAUCGUCGACGUCGAUGCGUCAUCGAAGACUAGUCGAGCCUACGCCUAUGGCCUGGGCUGACCCAUCGACUUGGCUCUAAUGAAAUAGUUAGGAAUCGUUCGAGCGAUUCCUGGAACCGAGUCGACGGAUAUUAUCGACGACGUGAACCGAUCGUAUCUAAUGUCAUUGUAUCGUUGUGUAAUUUGUCAGAUUUUAUCGAACGAAGCGUACUGUAAAGAGCGUCCCGUGUUGAAGCUCGACUUUCUCACACGUACACACAUACACAGGCACAAAACCCUGAAUUUCGAGAGACCAACGGAAAUUGUCGCCCAGGAAUCUCACCCUGUUCCCUAUCAGUCUAUAUUCUCCUGUUUCACGGUUUUCGAUCUAGAAUUUUCUAAUCGAAACGCUCGCGACAGGCGUGACAGCAGCUCUGACAAUCGCACCUAAUCCGAUCGGGGUGAACACCUUAACGUCUGUCAGCGCGAUACCCCGCGAUUCUACUUCCGGUAGGAUAACGAUGUCGAAGGGAGAAACUGCUGCUUCGUCGGACAUCGCGCAGCACCUGGAAGGUUACGGUCGUAUCGAUAACAGGGAUCUUAAAUAGCGGGAAACGCAAGUUCGGGUGCUGCAGGAUCUUUGAAACACGAAAUUCCAAAACAUCCAGAAAUAGUUGGAAAUCCUCAGGCACCCACGAUAUUCGAUACUAGGAUGUCCAGCGUAUCUGGAACGUCGCGGAUAUCUAGAACACCUAACAUCUAUCUCCAUUGCAAUCAAUAUUUCGGUUAGUAUCGAGGUCCUGGAAUAUACUGUCCCUUACAAUGACCAAAGUAACUUCAAGCAUCGAGCGCGCACCAUGUUUUAGGAAGUUUGGAGUAUUCGAUACUUGGUGGCACUCGAGAUACCCAAUAACCCGAAUUUCCAAGUAUAAUUGAACAUCCAAGGGGCAUGAAAGUUAAGAGGGAAACGAGAGCCGCGCGCGAGAGACCGCAAUAAAUUCAUAAACCACUCGACGAUGUUAUCUUCCACGUGUUGUCGGUGUUAACGAGGUCGCAGAUUCAAGACUUCGUGCCCGUGAUUCGGUUCGGCACUUCAGUCAAUUAAAUUCACUCUCACGAGGGCCGAGCGCGGGCAUCGUCGCGUCGUCGAGGAACGCGAGAACACGAAGUACGGUCAGAAUUCACCAGACGGAUCGACAAGUCAGUCGGGUCAAGGAGCCCCGUUUCCUCGGAUCUCCGUCCUCGUCUGUAAUUCCGUUUUUCGUCAAACGCCACUUAUCUACCCGUCUGCGUACCUAGUCUCUUAUCUCGUAUUAUCUAUAUAUUCCUGCUGUCUCACGAUCGAGCUUUGCUUACUGUUGGCCAACGAGAAAUGUUCCGCGAUCUCAUCCUCUUACGUCAGUCUAUCAUGGCAUCAAUUGACCUCGGAGAACCUUGAUUACUCAUACGAGCGUUAGACGGGAGAGUUUACAAUCGAUGUAAAUAUUCUAACGAUGUACUUUUCUUUCUACUUCAAACGUAUUGAAUUAUCCAUCGUGGAUCGAUGUCGCGCGAACUUUUCGAGAUGAAAGUCUCGGCCACCAUAAAAUACCCAUCAGCCGGGACGAUCUGAUUAUCUCCAGAGAUAAAGACGUUUCAGCUUCUCGCGACGAAGCACUCGAGUGGACAGCCUUGUCUAGAGAUCGUCAAUCCAGGCUUUAUUCGUGAUUUGAUCUAAAAAUAAGUACGAGAACCUAUCGAUUUCGAAUUUUGUACGCGUAUCUACUCAUACUUCGAGUAUUUUUACACGUGUUUUCAAGCUUUAAUAAUCGUUCGAUGUCAGGUUAUAUUCUAUUGCGUCGAAGAACAUAGAGAACAAGUCGUUAUGAAGUUAAGUACUCGCAACCUUGCGGGUAGUUUUCACCCUUUAAAUCUGUCUGUACAAAAAUACGUGGUGUCUAAUAUUUUUCGAUCGUACCGUGUUCCUCGUUAGUAAUAUAUUCAUUCUAUUCGAACAUAUUCUCAAAGCUAAUUCUUCAUACAAGAAAAAACUACUUGUUUCAAAAUUCUAAACCAGGCUACCUCUUUAAAAUCGACCCGAACGAGAACACUUUGCUUUCGUGUACAAGUUUCUAAGUAUCGGGUCGCUGGCCUCCAACCGAGUCCCGAUUCUUCAAACCAGGCCCGAUAUUGCGAUCCCCCACUCCCAGCAUCGCAUAAUUAAUUUUUGUCCAUCGAUAUUCCGCGUCUGUAACUCUUUCCAAGAGGGCGGACGUUAAUAUCGUGCCCAGCUCCAGGUUAUCGGUUUUUCCUAAAAACGAGACGUGAAAUAUGGAGGGCAUAGCUGCCUUCAUACAUUCAUCGCCGUAGGAACCCUGCAGAACUCGUAUCAUAAAGUGGACGGAAGAUCGUUUGGGACCGAAACAAACGCUCUCUGACCUAUUUCAUUGCGACAGAACGCUGUAAUGUAACUGCUCGGCACGAAUUUUAAGCCGACGACUGACUUGCAACAGAAUACUGUAAUGUAACUGCUCGGUACGAAUUUUACGGUUCGACACCAACGUUACAUUACAAGGUCGUUUUUGGAAUCACGAAUGCUCGCUUCGAACUCUCGGUUGAAUUCUCUCGCAAUGCUUCCUACUCAGUUCAGUGAAAAGUAGACGAUCAAAGAGGUUCGUCAAAAAACCGACAGACCAGUGGACCACGGUCGAGAGCGAACCGAGCGCAGGAGGCCGUCCAGACUAAGCGACUGCUCGCGUUACAUUAUAAUGUUCUGUUGCAAGUCAGUCGCCGGCUUAACGCGAGCAUUUGCUUAGUCUUGACGGGCUAGCGAACAUUUGCUAGCGAGCAACUAAACGAGCCGGUCUUGAGUUCGGUUCGCGCUAGUAGGAAGCAUUGAGAGAUAAUUCAGCCGAGAGUUCGAAGCGAGAAUACGUGAUUCCAAAAACGACCUUGUAAUGUAACGCUGGUGCCGAACCGUACAAAUCGUGCCAAGCAGUUACAUUACAGCAUUCUGUUGCAAGUCAGUCGCCGGUUUAACAAUAAGCGAAUGUUCUCGUUACAUUACAAUGUUCUGUUGCAAGUCAGUCGCCGGCUUUACAUAAUCCCUACGAUAUAUCUAGAUCGAUGUUCAUUUUCGCUAACAAAGGUUCAACUAUAUCCCGCGCUUUCCUACCGAAAAAAAAAAAACUUGUAUUUCUGUUGAGAAACGUUCCGUAACCCGACACAUGACGAACGAUGAUAAACGAUCGCGAACAAUUCCCGAUCGAAACAUAGAGAUCGAUCCAUCAUUUGCGUCGAACAUUUCCAUCGUGACGAACCGAGACGGUUCACACGGGGAAACGAACGUGCGCGCUGACAGACGGUGAAACACCAUGAAACAAUAAAGAUUCGCUAGUCAUUUACGCGGCGAUGGCCGCUCCUCGAUAGUUUACGAAACGAUCGCCUGCGACGCGAUUUACUACUCGAAACAAUUUUUCUCGGAGUAAUUUUUUCAUGUAUAUUUUCCGUGUCCCUUUCCUUGGGGGAGGCGUCACGUUUUUUCUUAUCGCCGCGACUUCCUCUUCCGUGAUGCGCGCCAUCAGGGUCGCUGUUUCGCGCCAUUUUAUCAUCCUCCCUGUAAAAUAAAAAGAAAAAUAUUAACACCGACGCAAUGGCGUAACAACAAAUCAUUCCAAGGCUCGCUUGUUAAAAUUUAUAAUACUUGAUUUCGUGUAUUAACGAACAACAAGAAAGGUAUUUCUAAGUUUUAGUAAAAAAAAAAAUAA